CGCCGUGAGCCCGCAGGUGCCCGCAUGGCCCCCCGCGGGAUGCGGCCCGGGACGCCCUUCCUCCGCCGCCUUCUCCUCCUCCUCCUCCUCACCGCCACCGGGUGCCAGGCGGGCGUGGUGGAGGUGGAGCGCAGCGUGACGGCGGUGCUGGGCCAGGACGUGGUACUGCCCUGCCGCUACCGGGCACAGGAGCAGGAGCAGGUGGUGCAGGUGACCUGGCUGAAGCGGGGCCCCGGCGGGCACAGUGCCAAGCUGGCAGUGCUGGACCUGCAGCACGGGGAGCACGUGCAGGAGCCCUACGCCGGGCGCGUGCUGCGGCGGGCACCCGAGGGGGCACUGGAGGACAGUGCCAUCGUGCUGCGGAACGCCGUGCAGGGCGACGAGGGCGACUACGAGUGCCACCUCAGCACCUUCCCCAGGGGCACCUUCGAGGGGCACCUCACCCUCAAGGUGCUGGUGCCACCCCUGCCCAUCCUGAACCUGGGGCCGCCGCUGGAGGAGGGCCAGGGCCGGACGCUGGCAGCCUCGUGCACAGCUGAGGGCAACCCUGUGCCCACGGUGCGCUGGGAGACGGAGGUGCCUGGCACCAAUGCCACGCGGCGCUCGGCCCAUGCCCGCUCGGCCUCCGUCACCAGCGAGUUCUUCCUGGUGCCCGGGCGCAGCAUGAACGGCAAGAGCCUGACCUGUGUGGUGGCACACCCGGGGCUGCGCCACGAGAAGAGGAUCACUCACCAGCUCAGCGUCGCAUACCUGUCGGAUGCCUCCGUGCUGGGGCACACGGCGGAGUGGCAGGAGGGCAUGGAGGGUGCCAGCCUGACCUGCCUGGGGGAUGGCAACCCCCCCCCGACCUUCAACUGGACACGGCUGAAUGCCCCUCUGCCCGCCGGCGUGAGGGCGAAGGGGGACACGCUGCUGUUCCAGCGGCCCCUGGCAGCCGCCGACGCCGGUGCCUACGUCUGCCGCGUUGCCAACCGCGUGGCUGCCAAGGAGGCGCGUGCCAACGUCAGCAUCAGGGGCAGGGAGCCAGAGGACGAGGUGCGGCAGGUGGACCUGGUGUCGGCGUCGGUGGUGGUGGUGGGGGCGGUGGCGGCGCUGCUGCUCUGCCUGCUGGUGGUGGUGGUGGUGGUCAUGACCCUUUACCACCGCCGCAAGACCAAACGCAUCUCCGAGAAGUACGAGGAGGAGCUGACCCUGACCCGGGAGAACUCCAUCCGCCGCCUGCACUCCAGCCACAGCAACGAUGCCCGAGCGCAGCUGGAGGAGACGCUGCAGCUGCGGGCAGAGAGCCGCCAGGGCAGCCUGCGGGGGGACAGCCUGAGGGGCGACAGCCUGCGUGGCACCAGCAUCUGCUCUGCCAUGAGCGAGGAGCAGGAGGGUCGCAGCUACUCGACGCUGUCGACGGUGCGGGAGAUCGAGACCCAGACCGAGGUGCCCGCGGCGGUGCCACUGCUGCUGCCGGUGCCAGCGGGCAAGGAGCCGAAGGAGGAGGAAGAGGAGGGCGGAGGGGGCGGGGGCGGGGGCGGGGGGGGCGGGGGGGACCCCAUCAAGCAGGCCAUGACCCACUUCGUGCAGGAGAAUGGAAUGCUGCAGGCCAAGCCUAGCACCAAUGGCAUCUACAUCAACGGCCGCGGGCACCUGGUGUGAGCCCGCGGGGGGCAGCUGCGGGUGGGCACCCCCUGUGGGCACCCCCCACCACCCCCCCACCCCCCGGCGGGCUCCUCGCUGCUCCCCUCCCCCCCCUACAGGCUCCGGACCCCUCCAGCGUCACCUGGCUGCUGGCACUGGGGAGCCAGGGGCACGCAGUGUGCCCACCCAGGAUGGGCAACCGUGCCCAGGCGUCACCUGGAUGCUGGCAUGGACUUGGGGGCAUAUCCCAAGAAGGAUUCUGGUGCCCAGGCCUCACCUGGCUGCUGGCAUCAGGGGGCUAGGGGCAUGCAGUGUGCCCACCCAGGAUGGGCAUCAGUCCUCCAAGUGUCCCCUGGCUGCUGGCAUGGACUUGAGGGCACAUCCCAGGAAGGAUUCCGGUGCCCAGGCGACCCCUGGCUGCUGGCAUGGACUCGGGGGCACACUCCAGGGAGGGUUCCGGUGCCCAGGUGUGCCCUUCCUGCUGGCACAGGGUCAGGGACAUGCACCAUGCCCCCAGGAUAGCCUCCAGGUUGCUGGCACAGGCUCGGGAGCAGAGCCCAGGAAGGACUCCUCUGGUGCCCAGGUGCCACCUUGCAGCUGGCACAGACCCCAGGACAAGCUCCGGACUUCAGGUGCCACAUCAGCGCUGGCACAAGGCUGGGCACGGUGCCUGGCACCUGGCUGCAGAGGAGGUGCCAGCAGCAUCCCAGCCCCCCCCCCC